UUGAAUAUUGACUUGGAGAUAUGAAUACAAGUGAUGGUGGGUGAAAGUGAUUCACAAAGUUGAUUGAGACGGUCACUGAGGCUCGAUGAUGUCGCCCUCUGUUUAGUUGGAAAAAUCUUGCUUCUGAGCUGUUCCUGAUCAAAUGUACAAUGAAAUGAUCAUCAUCAAUUUGUGUUUUUUUGGGGGUUCUCGCCUGUUUUUUGGUUCUUCCGUCGUUGCAACUAUCGCUGUGUAUAGGAUCACCCAAACUCCGACGUGUAAUUUAUAAUCCAUCAUCACCUUGUGGACGCAACCAAGUUCUUCUUUUUUUUUUUUUUUGGAUUGGAAGUUACGUUACAGUGUUUCCUAGACGCAACCACAAGUGAUGGUCCAUAUAAGCAAUCCACAGAGUUCUCUCUGAGAACGACCACUGAGGCUCAACGUAUAUCUAAUGCCUCUGAUCCAACAAAUAGGAAUGUCUCAAGUGCAAAAACCUCACUGACGAAAUAUCAAUUUUUCGUCAAAACUGAUUUUUCCAGCAGCCUAUCCGGCGAUGAUGCCUCGACGAAUCUAAAGCCGUUGUUCUCAUGCUCAAGAAUUGAUUUUUCGAUAUCAUGAACUAUAAAGAACCUGGCAAUCCCCAGUCUAUAGUCUUUUCAACACACACUGCAACAUCUACAGACAACUCCAACUCCAACUCCAACACAACUCCGACAAAAACACCCUCUUCCAACUAAACCCCAAACCCAAACACUCACAACCAACCAUGUCCGAGUUCAACGACAUCCAGGAUGAGUACCGCGAAGUCAUGAUAGACUCUCCCGAACCCUACACCACCACAGCCCCAUACCACCCCUCAGCUGUGUCCUUCCUGGCAAACGGCACCCGCCCCAUCGACAUCGAAAAAGCACCAGAACCAAGGUGUCCUACAUGCCUGGAAGAGUACAGCGACUUCUGCCACAAACCUGUCCAAAUCCAAUCAUGCGGACAUGUCUUCGGCUACGACUGUCUAGCCCGGUGGGUCGAAGAGCACAACACGUGCCCCAUCCUGGCCCGGUCGAGGUUCGAUUGA